AUGGCGCUGCGCCUGCUCGCGCUCCUCGCCGCGGCGCGCGGCGCGUGGCGGCCGCAGGAGGAGCUCGCGCGGCUCCACGGCGCCUCCUUCGCCGCGAGCGACGCCUGGCGGCGCGUCGAGCUCGAGCUCGACCGGUCGCUGCGCGCCUACGACGCCGUGCCGUCCGCGGACGCCGCGGCGACGCGCGCCGCGGAGAUCUUCGCCCGCGACGCGUCGUUCUUCGCGGUCGUCGAGAAUACGCUCUACGUCUCCGACGCGCACGACUCGAAGAUCAAGCACAAGCCCCACUACCUCUUCUCGACGAUCCUCUCCAUGCUCAAGCGCGAGCCCUUCCCCAACUUCGUCGCGACCUGGGACGUCGCCGCGACGGGCGCGCACUGCAGGCGCGUCGGCCGCCGCGUGCCGUGCCUCGCCAUCGCGAAGCAAGGAGGCUUCAACCAGACGGGCGUGCUCAUCCCGAACCCCUACUUCGCCCACGUCGACGAGUGGGACGCGCGCGUCGCGACAUGGCGGGCGGCGAUCCCCGCCUGGGACGACCGGGACCCGCGGCUCUUCUGGCCGACCUGCUUUACAAUCUUAUCAAUCAUACCUACAUCUUCAAAUAUGUCGUAUUCUUUACUCUUUUGCGGAAGCGUGCGGUCGGCGUGCGGGCCCGGCAACGUCGCGCGCGUCGCGGCGCUGACGCUCACGGCGCAACACCCGGACCGCUACGACGUGCGCGUGACCCACGGCCUCGACGCGCCCGACGCGAAGGCCUGCGCCCGCGAGUUCCCCUACACGAAGGCGAUGGUCGACCUGUCGACGGGAAAGAUCCCGGCGCCGACGGGCGGUUUCGUGAACGCGUCGGAGUUCUCCAGGUGGCGCCGCUACCUGAACCUGCCGGGGACCAUGGGCGGCUCCUACUCGCGGAACCUGAACCUGCUCUGGCCCCUCGGGGGCGCCGUCGCGCUCUGGGACGGGUCCGCCGUCGAAUGGUACUACCCGGGGCUCCGCGAGGGCGAGACGCACGCGGCGCUCGACGAAAAGUCCGCCGGCGCGGCCCUCGACGCCCUCGACGCGGGCGAGGCGGCGCUGGCGGCGGCGGCGGGCGCCGUCCACGAGACCUUCCUCGCGGGCGGCAGCCUCGACCGCUACUGGCGACUGUUAGUCGGCCGGCUCCGCGCGCGCUUCCGCCUCGGCGACGUCCUCGACGACCUCGGCGGCGCCGCCGCCGCCGUCGCCCUCGCGGGCGUCGACUGCGGCGCGCUGCGCCGGGUCUACUGGCACAGCCCGGACCGGCCCUUCUUCGACGAGACGCCCGGCCUCGGCAAGCCCGUCGCCUACGCGGCGCUCGACGACGGCGACCCGCUCCUGGUGGCGUGCCGCCGCGCGAAGAAGAAGACACGGUAG